AUGUAGGCUCGUUUGAUUCGAAAUUUCACGCUGAAGACGAUGGUAUGACUCAAAAUAAGAUUGCUCUGCAGAGGUAGUAACCAGAAGCAAUAUUGACUUCUUAGUGCAGAACUCAAGAGUUUUACAGUUACAAGUGGCAAACACUUCUGCACUUGGAUUAGCAGAGCAACCAAGGGUUGGUCGCUACGACCGGACACUUGUAUGAAGAGAACAAACUCCAGCUUGGUUCUCAUCGUACAAGUGUCCGGUCGUGACAACCAGCUCUUGCUUGAGUAUCGGAUUCUCGAUUCCAGUUAGUUAUCAAAUUUAGUCAACCAAACAGAACUGAUCCCCACAAGAAAGUCUUUUUUUUUUUUUUCGUGAAAACGAAAAGGUCACGAUGACGUCAUAUUAACGUGUUCAGGUCAUAAUUUGACUUGAGACGUUUAAUAAGGACAUGAAUGUGUGUCAAAGACACCGAAGAUUCUAAUCCGUGACGUUUUCGUUUAUUUUGUGGUGCGUGAUACGUCGUGACGGUCCGCACGUACCGAGCACGAACUGCACGCGGGCAAGACAAACCACUAGACAGCUUGAAGGCGAUCAACGCUUGCAUCGUCGCCACAACAGAGAAAGUAGUCUUCCCAAGAACGACAACAAAAUAAGGAAAAGGUAUGCACGUUUUUAGUCUGGAAAACAGUUACUCGUAGAUUUUAAAAGAGAUGGGGACUAGUGUGAUAUAAAUAGCGUUGUACAGGGUGAGGGAUCUACUCCGUCUUUCUGCUGUAUGCUGGAUUCAGACGUACGGACGGGUUGUAUAGAGCGCUUGGCGCCAUGGUGAGUGACGGUAGGCAAGCCCGUUCGCACGCCUGAAUCUUGAACAGUAUAAGCAGAAAAAAAAGAACAGCGCAAAUCACCCAUCCUGUGCGUAAAAUAAUCUCAAAAUUAAAGAGCACGUUUGUAAAACGCGACAUGGGAAUUUUGGAGUCGCACUUCCAGGUCUACGAAAAAUCUCCAAGUGGUGAGCGGCAAAUGGUGAGUACGUACGUGUGGAUAUGUAUCCCUUAUUUAAACUUGUCCAUCCAGAUUAGCGUAGAUGCCAGAGACAUAAGCUGCUUUUUGCCAGGCACCCUUAAAGCGUCCCCUCACUCCUCCUUACAUUCCUAGCUGAUUGAUUCUCUUAAACUCAGUCUAAUAGUCACGGGUUUAGGGUUUAUGAUGGUGUAUGGUGUAAAUGUAAUUAAAAGAAAAUUAAAAGAAAAAUUUCAGUCGUUUGCAAAAAUGUAUCGCCCUUAUUAUUCUAGACGUGACUCGCACGUCAAAGGAAAAGGCAGCGGGUCAAAAGUAAAAUGUGGAUCCCGGCGCCGGGCAGGGCCAGAUGUCGCUCGGCUGGCGGGCGGGACCAACUGGCAUUUAACCGAGCACCCUCUGACCUUCUCACCCCCUCCUUCCUUCCUUUCCUCCUUCCAUUGCUCCCUCCCCUCCGUGUCCUCGUCCGGUCGUCACUGUCAGGCAGCGCGCGGCUAUGGGCGGGCUGCGGGGUGGGAGACUUCCCCGCGACAAAGGAUGCAAGGAUGCAGUCCGCGUGACCAAAAGGGCAUACUUAAAAAGUAAAUCUAGAUAUGCAAGGAUGAUGUUUUAUAGUUUCAUAGUUCACAGUCCAUAGUACAGUUUUUCGAGUCAAGGGAGCAUCAUCCCCUCUAUCACCCGCCUACAAGGGUGCUGGCCGGCGUGAGCAAGCAGGCAUCUGACGAGAUCCCCCUGGGGACUGCUCUCUUGUUGCAGCGGCCAGCUGCCCUCGGACCUGGUGCCGCAGCCGCCGCGACAGAAGCGCGGCCCCGGCCGCAAGGCGCUCGGCCAGUGGGGCGGCCCCGCGGCCGGCACCCUGCCGGGGCCCAUGUACCAGGCGGGCGGGCCGCGGCCGCACGAGGUCAUGAACCACAUCCGGCGCCCGCCCAAGCGCUGGCGCCCGCGCCCGCACGGCGCCGACCGCCUCUUCAACUACCUGGAGGCGUCCGACUCGGAGGACGAGAUGGAGAUGCUGCCCGAGGACCUGGUGUGCCAGCAGUGCGGCCUCGAGUUCCUCGACACCGAGUCGCUGCAGACGCACCUCAUGUCCAUGCACCGGAUGACGCUGGCGCCCUCGCAGGGCCCCGCGCCCCGGCCCUACCACUGCACCAUCUGCGGCUACAGCUCCCCUUCGCACCCGGAGAUCGUCGCGCACAUGCAAAAGCACGCCGUCGUCGAGAUGCGCUGCUGCGAGCCCGGCUGCAGGUUCUCAAGCAGCGUGCCGGGCGCCAUGGAGGAGCACGUCCGCCUGGCCCACCCGCCCAUGCCGCCGCUCAAUCAGAAGUGCCCACACUGCGGCUUCGUCGUCCUCAGCGGCACGGCGUUAAGCCGGCACGCCAAGACGCACCACCUCGCCACCGUCCAGUGCACGCCCUGCAACCGCGUGCUUCUGAGGUUCGACCGCCACCGCACCGGCGAGAUGUGGAGCGAGGAGGAACAAGAGGACGACGAGGAGCUGAUGGCCGCGGCGGCGCAAGCGGCAGAGGACGCCGUCAACGCCAUCGAGGAUGACGGCGACGAGGAGGGCGAGAUGCACGACGAGACCGACGGGCCGACCCUGAUGGCCGGCGGGGACGGGGCGAGCCUCAGGACGCCAUCGGACCACGAGCUGGCGCUGCAGGCGCUGCGCUUCCACUGGCGCGUCAGGCGGCGCCGCGUUCGGCACUUCCGCGCGCUGCGCAAGCACCUGCAGUCCGUCAUGGAGGCGCGCAGGGCCGCCGCCGAGGCCGAGGACGCGGGCGUGGCCGCGCGCCUCCGCCAGAAGCACGUCGGCCAGUGGCUGGUGCGGCGCCGCCUCGGCUGCUUCGCGUGCCCACCGGGCCGGCGGCACGCCUGGAACCUGCACUCGGCGGCGUCCCUCGCGCUGCACGCCGCCUGGCGCCACCCGCCCAACCCCGCCGCCUUCGCCUGCGACUCGUGCGACGCGCGCUUCCGGCACCGCUACCAGUCGCUGCUGCACGCCAGCCGCGACCACGCCGAGCAGGAGACCCUGGAGGAGGCGGCCGGUGGGGUAGUGCAGCAGCAUGAGCCCAUCGUCACCCUGACCGUGCCGCAGUACCUGGCAGCGUCCUCCACCGCCACCACCACCACUGCGCCGGGCCACCAGCAGCUGACCCAGCAGCACCUGCAGCUGCAGCACGACCCGCAGGCCUUCGCGCAGAUGGACACGCUGCAGGUGCAGCAGGUGUACCAGGUGCAGGCCGGCGCGGACGGCACCGCCGCGGAGGGCUACGCCAUGGACAACGUGACCGUGGUGCCGGCCGUGCUGUACGUCCCUCAGGACCAGCAGGCGCAGCAGCAGGCGCAGGCCGACCCGCAGGCCGAGGCCGACACCCAGCAGGAGCAGUUCCAGGCGCCCAUCUACAACGGCAUGAUGGUGCCCACCGUGCCGGCGGACAUGCCGGCCGAGCCCACCAAGCAGGUGUGGUACCCACAGCUGGCCACACCUUCCUAUUACAUCUCAACGCAGUUUCCCUCUACCUAAGUGAUCACUGGGGUCCUCGCAAAAAUGACAGUCAGGGAAUCCAUAUAAAUCGCACGCUCCAUCAUGUUGAUGUAACGCUUUGGAUAAGAGACUAAUUUCAGCGUUGCACAGUGUGAACUUAAAUUUUCUCUGGUACGGAGGAGAAUGUGGGAGACUAUGAAGAUGUGUGAGUGAUAUCUUUUUUUGAAAUGUGUUAUGUUAACAUAAUAUUUUAGUAAAUUUGUGACAAAUAAGUUUCUUGGGCUGGAUGUGCAGUGUCCAGUUGAUGUUGUUAAACGUAAGAUGGAGAGUUAUUACUAGUUUUUGAAAUUGUACUAGUACGAAUUUUAGUCCACUUAAAUUCAAUAAUUAGACAUUGUACAUUUAGCCCUUGUAACCAAUAGUAGUGAACAUAUGCUAAAAUUAACUUAAAACAUUUGUACCUUAUAGCCGAAAACUAUAGUUAUGUUAACAGUUGGACCAAGAUAUAGUGUACCCACUGAUAUUUUCUUAAACCCAUAAACCUUGAAUGUCGACACAACAGUGCAAUGUUGUUUCCAUCAUUUUCAGAAGUGAACCGUUGUAAAACACCAUUCUUGAGAUGGAAUAAAUUGAAAUCUACAUUCGCA